UUGAAAUUGUUAUCAGGGCAGAGCAAAGAAGGAGAGAUUUUCUGUUUUCAUUUUGUUUUAAAGCUACUGUACUACUAUUAAUUAGCCUUAACCUAUUUCUGGAUUGUUAAAAAUUUAUUUAAUCCUCUCAGUUUGGUAAAAUUUAGGGAUCAUGAAUCCCAUUUAGUUUGUCGUAAAGUGGGAUUUCUUUAGGUCAAGCAUAGACUGGGACAGGGAUACUAAAUUUAUAUUAAAAACCUUUGCCUGACUAAGACUAAUGUGAAUCUUUAAUAUGGUUCUUUGCCCAGGAUUAUUAUGAGUUGUCUAAAGAUAAUUUUAAUUUUAACCUUACAAGUAUUAUCGAUCGAGCAACUAAACGCCCAUGUACUACAUUCCGUCAGCGGAGAAGUGGUUGGUGGGAACUACACGUAUUACAGCUUGAUGUACAAAGGCCCCAUCACAUUAUAUUUGUACUCAAGCUUUGGUGAUGCAGAUCUCUAUGUGUCCCAAUUUGUGAAUAAACCAUCAUUUGAACCAGAUAAUUACUGUUUACAAUCUUCCACUUGUGGGCUGGAUGUUGUUCACAUACCAAAAAGCUUCAAAAGACCAGUUGGUAUAGCUGUUUACGGACAUCCGUCGUACGAAGUUAGCGAGUAUUACUUAGAAGUAGUUUACAGGCAAAACAAGGAUAUUUACGUUUUUGAAGAGGACGAGGAAGAUCAAGAAGGAUAUUUUGGACAGGAACAGAAAAUAGAUAGAGAAGAAGGUGAUCAAAUCACAGAAGAGGGAGAGCAGAAAGAAGAGGAGGAGGCAGGAAGUUUUCUAACUGCGCUUUUGUGGACAUUCCUUAACAUACUGGUAGAAGUCUUGUUUUUAUGACAGUGCAACCAUGUUGGAAUACGAAAACCAAAUGUUUUUGGACAUUCUGCACGAAGAUGGCUUACUCGUCGCAGCCAGAGGGCUGAGAAUGGAGACUGUGAUUAUGAACCUGAUGAAAGUCUACUGCGACCCCGGCAACUUGGUGUUGGUGUUGGGAGCUUCCCAGAGAGAAGAGGAGUUUUUUGUCACUGAGUUAGAGAAGCAAGGAGUUACGCCGCUGCCGAGAGUCAUUACCUCUGAAACCACCAAUACCGACAGAGAAAAGGUGUACCUGGAGGGGGGAGUGUUGAUGGUGUCUGCUCGCAUCCUGGUGGUGGACCUGUUGAGAGGAAGAGUUCCAGUAGCUCAUGUCACGGGGUUUGUUGUCCUGCGAGCCCACAAGAUACUGGAGUCUUGCCAAGAGGCGUUUGCGCUUAGACUGUACCGUCAGGAUAAUAAGACUGGAUUCAUAAAGGCGUUCUCCUCGUCCCCAGAGGCUUUCACUGUCGGGUUUGCCAAAGUCGACCGAAUUAUGAAAUCGUUAUUUGUGAAGAACCUGUUUCUCUGGCCUCGUUUUCACGCCACUGUCAAUUCUAGUCUUGAAAAGCGGAAGGCAAUGGUUGUAGAGCUGCACAUACCCCUCACCCCCCUCAUGUCCGCAAUACAGACGGCAGUGUUGGAUAUUGUUCAUUUCUGCGUAAAGGAAAUUAAACGUCUUAAUCCAUCGCUGGAGACAGACACAAUAUCUGUAGAGAACGCUUUGUCUAAGACGUUCCACAAGCUGCUACAACUACAGCUGGACCCUGUGUGGCAUCAGUUGAGUGGGAACACCAAACAACUGCUGUCAGACUUAAAAAUACUGCGCUCCGUCAUCACGACAUUGACGCAGAGUGACAGUGUGAGACUACAGGCUUUGUUGUUGACCCUUCGCAGUUCUGAUUACGCCAAGCGCUGUUCUGGCUGGAUCAUGCUGGACUCUGCUGAAACACUGUUUGUAUCUGCCAAGAGGAGGCUGUACAACAGCAAGCAAGAAAUAUGUCCUGAGGUGAGUCCGAAGUGGGAAACUCUCUCCGAAGUGUUGAAGGAGAUACACAAAGAUUCUGAGGGCUCCAGCACUGUGUUGGUGUUGGUUGAGAGUGUGUCUACGUGCAAACAGCUCAAACAGUAUUUGACUAAAGGAGGACCCACGAUGCUGCAGGAUCUAUACAAUAGGUUACUCAGCAAGAAGACAUCUUCUAGUGAACCAUUUCAGGUGGAUAACUUGGAUGAUGACGAAGACGAGGGAAAUGUAUUUACUCUCUCCCAGAAAGCUGUGGACGACAAUAAUACAACUUACACUGAAUGCACUCAGUUGGACUCGGCCACGGAGCCAGUAGUGAUGAUUCAACAGACCAAAGUAGACGGAGAUCCAUUGUCUUUACCUACAACACUGCGGACCAUGAAGCCCAAGUAUAUAGUCAUGUACGAUGUGGAUGUGACAGCCAUCCGGCAAAUAGAGGUAUACCAAAGUGCAGAAAGUGAACACCAGAUCCAUGUGUAUUUUCUCAUCUAUGGAGGCUCUGCGGAGGAACAAGCUUAUCUGACCACACUACGGAGGGAAAAGGAGGCUUUUGAUUUUCUCAUCAAAGAAAAAUCUACCAUGGUAGUUGUGGCAGAUCAGGAAGGCAAGAGUGACAACUGUGCAGAGUUGAGUCGUGAGGUUGGCAAGAGUGCUGCGCCUCAGCUCAACACUCGUAAGGGUGGCAACACUGAGUCCAAGGCCAACCCCCGGGUCAUUGUAGACAUGAGGGAGUUCCGAAGUGAGCUACCAUCGUUGUUGCAUCGCAGAGGCAUAGGCAUAGACCCAGUCACAUUGCAGAUAGGAGACUAUAUCUUGUCGCCCGAGAUGUGUGUGGAGAGAAAGAGCAUCAGUGACUUGAUCGGGUCUCUUAACAGCGGCAGACUGUACCAGCAAGCUCUAGCAAUGUGUAGACACUACGUCAAGCCCAUUCUGCUCAUAGAGUUCGACCAGAACAAACCCUUCGCACUGCAGGGCCGCUACUACCUGAGCAGUGAUCUACAGAACAGUGACAUCACAGCCAAACUGCAGCUGUUGACGAUACAUUUCCCUCGGCUGAGGCUUGUCUGGUCUCCCAGCCCGUACGCAACAGCCCAGCUGUUUCACGAGCUCAAGGAAGGCAAGGAUGAGCCGGUCGCUUCAGUAGCCGCCGCUGUGGGGUUGGAAGGCACAACUCUUGAAGACGAUGUCCACAUAGAAAAAUACAACACUGCCAUUCAUGACUUUGUCAGUAAACUGCCAGGAGUGAACACCAAGAACCUCUCGAUGCUGAUGAACAGAGGCCAGUCAUUGGACCACCUCAUGACUCUCUCGCAGGAAGAGCUAAGUGAAAUGCUGUCCAACAGUCAGAACGCAGAACUUCUGUACAAAGCCCUUCACAAGUCUGUACAGGCUGUGACAGAACCAAAGUCCUAUCGUGGCCGAGGCAGAGGGCGAGGCUUUCGGAAAAGAAAAAACUAAACGAACCCUCGUGUUUUGUGUUUCCAGCUUUGAAAGAAAACUCCCACCUUAUCAGUGUUCUUCCAGAAGUGCUUUGAUAGUUUUAUACAUUUUUGAAAAGUAUUUUAUCAUAGUUUCAGCAUUUUUACUGAAAAAGUGGUUUAUUAAGAAUUAAUUAAAACGUUUUUGUAUGUGAUUAACUGAACUGUGACUUGUUUUGCCCCAUUUUGUGAUGAAAAAAGUUACUGGCUAAAUAUUUUUUUUAUACGCGUACUUUACUUUUUUAUGAAGCAGUCUUAUGCGUUUCAAAUGUUUAGUGAAUCGUCUUAAACUCUCGUGUAAGUAUCUUAAAUACUGAAAAUGCAUGAAUGUCUUGUGUUCAUAAAUUAUUUGUGUCUAGACGGUUUGAAUUUAAAGAAAAGUUGAACGCACAUAUUUAAUCGGUAUGUUUCAAGUAUUGAAUAGCCUUCAUAUCAACAUCACUUUGUUAUUAAACUACAAAAGUAUACCAAUUAACCAAUUACAGAAACAAUUUUUACAGGUUUAUACUUGUUCGUAAGUAAUCCUAAAAGUCUUUAAACAACUUGUAUUAUAGAUGUAUACUUGUGUAAUAUUAAUAUUCAAUAAAAUUUGUAAAAAUA